GCAUGCGAACAGCAGACCGCGUCCCCACCCUUCCGAUGGGUGUUGUGUGGCAAUCUGGACGCAGCUUCCACCUCGCCAGCUUAUCAAAUUUGCCGCGAUGGCUAUCCUUCCGAUGAUAGCAUCACACGGCUAAGAGUGGUGCGCAAUGUGCACCUCGAGGGUCAUGACUACAUGGACUCAACGGGUCGUGAGCCUCCGUUCACACGAUUUAUGGUCCCACCAGUCGCCCCCACUGCGUGCCUGCAGCUGCGCAAUUGUGUGGACUAUAUCUUCUGCUCCUCCUCCACUCUGCAUCCACGGGCCGUCUUCGUGCCGCCUUGUCGCGCAGUGGUCUCCGCUGCCGGGCCAUCAUCAUCACCAAGAUCGCCUUCUUCGCGUCCGCUGUCUCAAUGCGAGACGGUUAUCUCUUUGGCUGCUCGUCUGGGCAUUGUCUCAGUGCCUGCUGCCAGUUAA